GUCUCUUCUGCCUGUGCCAUGCAUGUAGAGUCGUUGGGUCACUACCGUGUUGUGCCACAGAGAGCGAAGUAAAGCCGUUGGGCUGGUCGUCUGUUUUUUCCACCGAGGUGUGGGCAGAGGAGCACGUUUAAACGAGGCGUCUCCACACCGUCACUGGACUUGUGGGAAUACGGCGAGGUUUAAAGUGAUAAAUGCUACCGUGUGUCAUUACCAAGAAACCGAGUUUGAGUGUUUUUCUGGGGAGAAACGGUCUAACCUGUUGUCACUGAGCGCCUGGAAAAGUUGGCCAUGUCUGGAUCUUUCUGUAAAAGUUUGUACGCCUUCAGCGGGGAGCAGCAUCAGCAGGGCUUGAAGUUCGAGGCUGGAGAAAUGAUCAAAAUAAUCCAGGCUUUGCCAGGUGGAUGGUGGGAAGGAGAGAAGGAUGGAGUGAGAGGAUGGUUUCCCUCGAGUUACGUUCAGGUCGUGGAGAAGUCUGUCUCCAUGAAUGUGUUGCCCGGUGAGGAGCCGAGCCAAAGCCCCCUGCCCAAAGACUGGAAGAGCUACAUGUCACCACAGGGACGGAGAUACUAUGUCAACACUGUAAGCAAUGAGACUACAUGGGAGAGACCAUCCAGUGUCCCUGGGACCCCCAAAACAUCACUGCGACACAAGAACUCUUUACCUGCGGUGAAUGGAUUUCAUGGCAGUGGUAGCCCGUUGCAUCAGACGGAGCAGUCCCAUGUGCUCCAGCGGAAGCCUAGCACAGAUCAACAGAGCCCUGUGUCCACUACGCCAAGGAAGCAGGAGCGCGAGACCUCAGUUACUAUCAAUUGCAUAACGUUUCCCCUACCGCUGCACAUGGCUGAGCAGCAGUUGCUCAAACCGGACGAAUGGAGCUACUGCGAUUUUUUUUGGGCAGACAGAAAGGACCCGCAGGGGAACACCUCCAUCACAGGCUUUGAGGUGUUACUGCAGAAGCAGCUGAAGGGGAAACAGAUGCAGAAGGAGAUGGCUGAGUUUAUGAGGGAAAGAAUCAAGAUUGAGGAAGAGUAUGCCAAGAACCUCUUGAAGCUCUCACAGAUCCCUCUUGCAUCUCAGGAGGAAGGCACACUGGGAGAGGCCUGGGCCCAGCUGAAGAAAAGCCUGGCUGAUGAGGCUGAAGUUCAUCUCAAGUUCUCCUCGAAGCUGCAAAGUGAGGUGGAAAAGCCCCUCCUUGCAUUUCGAGAAAACUUCAAGAAGGAUAUGAAGAAAAUUGACCACCACAUUGCUGACCUCAGGAAGCAGCUAGCCAGCCGAUACGCUGCUGUGGAGAAGGCACGUAAAGCCCUUGCAGACCGGCAGAAGGACCUGGAGGUGAAGACACAGCAGCUGGAGAUCAAACUGAGCACUAAGAUCGAGGAAGACAUCAAGAAGGCCCGCAGGAAAUCCACACAGGCAGGUGAUGAUCUGAUGCGAUGUGUUGAUCUGUAUAACCAGUCUCAGUCAAAAUGGUUUGAGGAGAUGGUCACUACAAGUCUGGAGCUGGAAAGACUGGAGGUGGAACGUGUGGAGAUGAUUAGAAAACAUCUCUGCCAGUACACAACGCUGAGGCAUGAGACAGACAUGUUUAACCAAAGCACCAUGGAGCCAGUGGACAAACUGCUCCAGAUUGUGGACCCUGCGAAAGACAGAGAGCUGUGGGUGAAAGAACACAAGACGGGGGAGGUGAGGCCAGUGGACAUGGAGAUCUAAUGGAGCUUUAAUACAGAGACUACGCUGUUGUCUCAAUGAUGGAGCUGGCCCUGUGGGGCUAUGGACAGGUUGUCCAUUCAGGUGUGUCAGCUGAAUAUCAGUCCUGGAACGUGGAGGAACAUCACCCUGGAAUGUUAACACACUCCUCAAGUGGGGUCCAGUAAAAGGAACUGCUGUGUCUGAGAAGACGGAGCUCUACUGACCAAAGCAGAUUGCUAUAUAGGCUAUAAUGGAAAGCCAGUGAAGCCUGUGUUUGAGAGCUGACCCAAGAACCCAAGGGUAAAACUGUACAUGCACUGCAUUGCCAGUUUAUUAGGUAUAACACUUUAACAUGGCACUAUUAUGUUGAUGUCACUGCUAUGCUGAGAAUGGUUCAUCACCCAAAUAAUACUAGUGGUGGUCCUAUGGGGGACCCUUUCCAAUGCUGAAUGGGAUAGAGAGGGGCUAAUAAAUUGUGCACCUACAUGGUAAGUGUUUCUGAUAAAAGGGGCAAUGAGUGUAGGUACAAGAUUGGUGUACCUAAUAGUAGGAGUGUCACGAUAUGUAUGUCCUUUUUUUUUAUAUGGAGGUCCAAGACGAUAGUGACACUGGGAAGCUUUGACCUUUGACGGUUAAUUAGCCAUGCUAUUUGAAAUAAGAGAGAGCAAACUUGAGUUGUAACAAGCAAAAUAAUCCACCUCCUGCUUCUGAACGGGCUAAACAAAUAACUCACUCCGCAAAGAUAUUUAUUUGCACCACUACUCGGUCAUAGACUCUAUUGUUUUUUGUGCUUUUGGGACAACAAUGACAAUUACGAAAACAAACAAAAAUAUUUUGGAAAUUCCAAAAAAAACUUCAAAAAUGCAAAAAGUUAUGUUAGCCUUUGUUCCCUAAUUCUGUAUUGAAAAUGUAUCAUGACGCAAAAACGACAAUACGUAUCAUACUGUGAAAUUUGCAUAUUGUAACACCUCCACAUAGGGAUGCAGAAACUUAAAGCUCAUACUAUGUGAGCUAAAUGAGCACAUGAAACAUUCACUUUAUAUUAGUUGCAGCAUAAAUAACAUUAUAUGCUCUUUAACAGGCCAGACUGGCCUUGAAUAACUAGAAAUCAGAUAAAGUGGUACAUCAGAAAUGAGAGAUGACUGGCAGUUUAGCAUAAUGAGAUAACAUGUCGGUAUAGUUGUAUCAGCAGCACAAGUGCACUAAUCUGGCACAUGUUAUAUAAAAGACAGGUCGACCAAAAAUGAAGAUAAUAAACUGGCCAUUUGCCUGUUCCAGUCUUGUCCCAUUCCAACCAUGCACCACUCGUAUCUAACAAACUGGCAACUCAGUGUAGAUCUUUGUCUCUUUAUCUCUUGCUCUCUCUCUCUGUCUCUCCCACACAAACAAGAUACCUGGAAUUGCAAAGAUGCAAAGAAUAACAAAAUAUGUGUUCAAUUCUUACUCAGGAGAAGAGAUGCAAUCUACAGAAGUACUGACUAGAUUAUUCUAGUUAAAGAAUAAAUUAUGCAUAUACCUGAUGAGAAAGUUUGCACAGAUCAAUUUUAAAGUGUCCUCAGAAUCAUAUAUGGUUGUUGCUGCUAUAAAAUUAGUGAUAAAAGCGUCCUUCUGUUCCAAGUUAUUUAUUAGGCUAUAAAAUGACCAUGAGACUCUCAGACACAGGCUAAAAUAACACAGUCAUAUAGGAGAUCUGCAAUUUCAUGAUGAAUGUCUAGAGUGCCACACCCUGACAGGCUGAUAAUGCAAAUUUUGAAUUUACAGACAGAAUGAAAACACAAGAUCAGGUUUUGGGUAAAUUAGUGAUUUCUGCUGUAACUAACACUCGUUUAUUUCAUGCAUUUUAUGCAUUUCAGACAAUUACUUCUACCUGCCUGUAGAGUUGCACAUGAUAUUUAGAGGCUGGAUACACUAAGCUGACUGUGUUGUGAUGCAGCAGUUUGGCUUGGCCAUUGUUGUCUGAUAUGAGAAAAAGACCAAAAACCCCAGAGAUGUGAAUAAUAUGAAAAUUCAAAUAACAGGGACCAGAAUCAGCACAUAAGUUUCAUGAUAGCCAAAAUCAAAACCUUUUUUGUUAUUAUUGCAGUAUAUUGCAAGUGACCUGCACGUGUCUGCUGGAUCCACUGUGACUAUUAAUUUUUCAUCAGAACCACAUAACAUGCUGACUUUUAUAAGCAGCUGUCACCAUCAUUAUGGUACUUUGCAGGUCUCUUUAGUGUAUCCAGUCCCAAAGGUGGUUCCAGACUACAUCUUGUGGUCAGGAAUCUCAGGGGUUAGGAGUAUUUCAUAACUAUGACAAAUAGUUCCAUAACUUAAUAAAUAACAGAGCAGCAGUUCAGCAAACACCAAGACAGUGCUAGCACUUGUUUUCUGUCGUAAAAUACAUGAUUUUGUAUUGUUGAAAAUCUGGCUUUGGUUACCCCAAAUGGUUAAGUGGAGGACAGGAGACACAGAUCUAUCAGACAUGGACAAAGUAUGUAUAUAUAAUAGAGGUACAGAUAAUAUAUUGAAAUUAUUUUGCACAAUGCUUAUUUUUUUACCAAAUGAAAUUAACACUGAUUUUGUUUUUUAUUGUCUGAAAGACAUUUUGACUGGAUUUCUUUCUCUUUUUUGCUUCAUAUUUUAUACAGUACUGUGCAAAAGUCAGAGACCACACUUCAUUUGUUUAGUUGAGUUGAAAUGGCCAUUUAGUACAAGUUAUUCAUUUUUCAGCAGAUAUUUAACAGAAUAUUAUACAGAAAUCUCUGUAUUUUUUUCAGUAUUUAGUUUGUCCACUCUUUGCCUUUGUUACAUCUUCAGUUCUUUUCAGGAGAUUUGCUUUCAGUUUUUCAAAGAAAUCUGCAGGGAUGUUUUUCCACACCUCCAAAGUUCAGUCUUAGAAGUUGGUUGCAUUUUCUUCUUCUCACGAUCCAGUAAUCCCAAACACAUUCAGUAAUGUUGAGGUCUGGUCUCUUCUGUGAUUUGCGAAUUUGCUCAUCUCAGUAACAGCUUCUUGACAGCUACACAUCCUUUCAGACUCAUAGUGUUGAGUUGUCUUCUCACAGUGGAAGGAUGGACAGAAGCACCUGUGGACUUUUUCAGAUCUGAAGCAAGAGUGAAGCUUGAUCCUCUCUCUCAAAGAUGAAAUGCUUUAGUGCCGUUUAUCUCAUGUUGACAGUUUUGGUGGUCUGCCAGGUCUUGCACGGUUGUUAGGAGUCCCAAUUGCUCUUAUUUAUUUUUUAAGAUUUUUUUUAACUCUUCUGUUUUUACCACUUGUUUUCUUCAUGUGGAGUUUCUUAUGUCUUAUCUCCUCUGAAAUACAGGAAUAUCACCUGAGAAUGAAUAACCUGUACUUUUGACUGGUAAUUAAAUGAAUAAAAAGUGGUCUCUGACUUUUGCACUGCAAUCUAGCUACAGUAUCAUAAGCAAGCAACUUAAGCAUAAUUUUGAAGAUUAGCGAUGUAUGUGUUCUUAUGAUCAUGUUUCUGUUCAAGUGAUGUGCAAAUUGUACAAAGUUUACUACGAAAUAUAUGUAGAAGAUUCUCUGUGGAUAAUAACUGAUGAAUAUUUGAUGCUUUUCCUUUAAUAUGUUGCAUAAAUGUAUUAAAUUGUAAAAAAUGAGAGUA